AUAAGAGAUGGUGCAUUCUACCCAGAGUUGAUUAAUCCAGGCAGUUUGCGAGAGGAGUUGAAUAAUUCUACUUGGAUCGAGAUGCCUACAUUGAAAUUUCUCUGCUUUAAAGAACGAGAUCCAUGCAAGACCCUCUAUUUGGAUUCAACGACUCACAUGCCAGCAGGCGUACUAACAUCUGGGGCAAACAUAUUUGGUUUUUGGAUAUUAAACGAAACACAGACAUAUAACAAUCGACCCGUAUACCACCAUGAAUUAUUUACUAGUCUAUAUCUAUACAGAGUUCACCCUGUAAAAUGGGUGAUACGUUUUGACAACCCUGUAAAUGUUCCUGUUGACAGUCCGCCAAAUAAUACGCUUGGAUUGAUCACAGAUCAAAGCAUAUAUCCAGAAGAUAUAAAAGCUCCGAUAAGUAUCAAUCUGACAGGAAGUCAUAGCGAAUGGCCUGGAGCAGCAUUCUCAUGUUUUUCUGUUUCAAGAGCCUGUAAUGAGUUAAGUAUCAGUGGAAUCAGUACUGAUUCACAAUUGGUAAUCUUCAACGGUCUUUACACAAAGAAAGAUUCAGAGUACAAUUAUCGUCCCUACUAUGAGCACCAUGAAUCUUCGGGUAAUCAACGGUUACUGGUAUUUCGUUGGAGCUACUGGAACUCUCCUCCAGCUGCUACGUGGCAACUGUUGUUUCAUGGUGGUUUGGCAAAUUAUGUAUACGAAUUUAUCUAUGACCCACUUAACAUUCGGUUUGAUUGGGCAGAUCAGC